CGAGAACCUGAGAAAAAAAGAAGGGAAGAUAGUGAGGCGCAUACACAGUACGCAGAGAUUAGAAAAAGAAAUAGACUAAGAAAAGAGGAGAGAGAAAAAAAAGCUUAAGAAAAAAUGGGAGGUUGGAGAAAAUUCGAUCCAUGGCCAAUUUUCUUCAAGAGAGAGUGGAAUCGUAACUGGCCUUUCCUCGUUGGAUUCGCUGUUACUGGUACUAUCAUCACCAAGAUCUCUCUUGGUCUUACUGAGGAACAAGCGAAGAAUUCCAAAUUUGUUCAGAGGCAUAAAGGGCACUAAAGGGGGCUGAAGUAAUUUUGCUUUGAUGGAAGCCUAUCUGGCUGAUGAAUAACAAAAGCUCUGACGCUUAAGAUUUUCUUCGGAACUUGUAUUGAAGAUAAUGUUGGUGGAUAUUUUUUCCUUGAUAAAGGAGCUGUUUAAUUUGUUACAUGGAUUGCUUUUAUAUCUAGAAUCACUAAAGAUGAUAUACAGAUUCAGUAGUCCAUUGAUGCUUUC